AACAAUUUAUACAAAAUGGCUGAAUAUCUUGCUAGCAUUUAUGGUACCGAAAAGGACAAAGUAAAUUGUUCGUUUUAUUUCAAGAUUGGUGCCUGUCGUCACGGUGAACGUUGUUCAAGAAAACAUGUCAAGCCUUCUUUCUCACAAACACUUUUAAUCGCAAAUAUGUACAAAAACCCAGCACACGAUCCUAAUGUUCAUUUAACUGAAAGUCAACUUCAAGAUGACUUUGACUUGUUCUAUGAAGAUAUAUUCUGUGAACUUGCCAAGUUUGGUGAGGUUGAAGAAAUGGUUGUUUGCGAUAAUGUAGGUGAUCAUUUAGUUGGCAAUGUGUAUUGUCAGUAUCGUUUAGAAGAGUCUGCCGGUAACGCAGUCGCUAAUUUGAAUAAUCGUUUUUACGCAGGACGCCCUUUAUACGCAGAGCUAUCACCAGUAACUGAUUUUAGGGAAGCCUGUUGUAGACAGCAUGAAAUAUCAGAAUGUAAUCGUGGAGGUUUCUGUAACUUUAUGCAUUUAAAACACCCCUCCCGCGCAUUACGACGAGAGUUAUAUGAGGGGCAGAGAUUAGAUAUCAGGGAGAAGCGUAGGGAAGAAAUGCGUCGCGAAGAAGAAGAAAGAAGACCUAGAGAUAGAGAAUAUCAACAUGAUAGAGCUGAUUUCAAGAGCCCAAUUGAAUGUGCUGAAAGAAAUCAAGAAUUUAAACAAGAAUACUAAAAUUGAAAUACCACAGAAACUUUAAGGAAAAAAAAAGAAAAAGAAAAGGUUAUAUUUUGCAGGUUUUUCAUCUGUUUGUGUUUUUUUUGUAGUUUAAAGAAGAUAUAAUAAUAAUAAAAAAAGUAAAAUAUAUAUAAUACA